ACGAGAUCGAUCCAGAGGCCAAUCUAGCUGCGCGCCAUGGCGACCGUCGACGGCGCGUCGCCGGCCGUUGCAUCGAUGGAGCUUGUGCUCUACGCGCUCGGCGCACUGGCGGCCCUGUGGUGGGCAUGGCGCGCGCUCGACGGGGCCUGGCUCCGCCCGAGGCGGCUGGCCCGGGCCCUGCAGGCGCAGGGCCUCCGCGGCACAUCCUACCGCUUCCCGUCCGGCGACAUGCAGGAGUACGUGCGGCUCGGCGCCGCCGCGCUCUCCGCGCCCAUGCCGCCGUCGUCGUCGCACGCCGUCGCGCAGCGGGCGCUCCCGUUCGACCACGCCGCCAUCAAGCAGCACGGCAAUGUUUGCUUGACUUGGUUCCGAUCGGAGCCGAGAGUGAUCGUGAAUGACCCUAAGCUUUUCCGGGAGAUUUUGUCGGACAAGAACGGGCGGUUCGGGAAGCAGAAGUCCAUCCUUUCGAUCCAGGGUUUGUUCGCGGACGGGUUGACGAGCCACCAAGGCUCGAAAUGGGUCGCUCACCGCAGGAUAAUCAACCACGCCUUCCAUCUCGAGAAGUUGAAGAGGAUGUUGCCGGCAUUUGCUACAUGUUCCAGUGAGCUGAUACGUAGAUGGCAGGAUUCUGUGGGGGAUGAUGGUGUGCAGGAGAUCGAUGUCUGGCCGGAGUUCCAGAAUCUCACGGGAGACGUCAUCUCCCGGUCGGCGUUCGGCAGCAGCUUCAGUGAAGGGAGAAGGAUCUUCGAGUUGCAGUCAGAGCAGGCGCAAAAUGUUGUAAAGAUGUCAAGAGCAACACAUUUUCCAGGUUACAGCUUCCUGCCUACAAAGCUCAACCGGAGGACAAAAGCAAAUGCACGCGAGGCUGCAGAGCUUCUCAGAGGCAUAAUCACAAAGAGGGAGAAGGCAAUGAAGGAUGGCCAUGCAGACAACGACGAUCUACUUGGAUUGUUACUGGAGACCAACAUUAAGGAGAGCCAAGAAACUGGAAGCUCCAAGCCAAUCAUGACUACGGAGGACAUCAUCGGGGAGCUGAAGCUGCUCUACUUUGCAGGAUCGGAUACAACCGCGGUCUUGCUCACAUGGACAAUGGUCCUGCUAAGCAUGUAUCCUGAAUGGCAGGACCGUGCCAGGGAGGAGGUCCUGUGGGUUCUCGGAAAGAACAGCUCUGAUUUUGAGGGCAUAAAUCAUCUCAAAGUUGUGACCAUGAUAUUACAUGAGGUUCUUAGGCUGUACCCACCAAUCCUGCUCCUUAGCCGAGAGGCAUAUGAAGAGGCUGAGCUCGGGGGAAUCACGUAUCCAGCCGGAGUGACAUUCGCGCUGCCGAUCGCGUGCAUUCACCACGAUCCAGAGCUGUGGGGUGAAGACGCCGGCGAGUUCAAGCCAGAGAGGUUCGCGGAGGGCGUCUCCAGGGCGUCCAGGGACUCACCGGCGCUGUUCCACUUCGGCUGGGGGCCUCGGAUCUGCGUCGGCCAGAGCUUCGCGCUGCUGGAGGCCAAGAUGGCGUUGAGCAUGAUCCUGCAGCGGUUUUCGUUCGAGCUGUCGCCGUCCUACACGCACGCACCGUUCCCGGUCUCCACUCUCCAGCCACAGUAUGGGGCACAGAUUAAGCUCGCAAAAAUCUGAUCAUUUUAGUGGCACUAGAUUAUCAAGGCAUGCCAGCGAUUGAGGCUGGCUUGAUAUGCAGCCUCUGCUUUUCUGCUACUGUUUGGGAUGCUUUAGUUUGAAUAAAGGUCGGUGACGGUGUUCUGACCAGUUGGGAACUACGUAUAUUGGACAUGUUUGCGGGGAGAUGGAUAUUGAUC